GGAAGACAUCGCGGAACCUGAGGUCUGAACAACAGAGUUGAGAAGGACCUGGGACAUUGAAAUAUGAAACAAGUGUGCUUUCUGCUCCUCGUCCUGUUACCAUGGAUCCCAGGGCUGCCGUGCUGGGUGACGACCCAGGAAGAACUGGAGGUUCUGGAGGGCAAAACCCUCGUGAUCCCGUGUCAUUAUGACCCCCAGUACGCCAGCUCUGUCAAGUACUGGUGUCAGGGAAAGGCCAGGGAAUUCUGCACCAGCUUGGCCCGCACAGACCAAGCCCCAGCCGAGGGCAAGGUGAGUAUCUUCGACGACCCGAUCCAGCAGGUGUUCACCGUGACCGUGGAGAACAUGAAGGAGGAGGACUCCGGUUGGUACAUGUGCGCCGUAGAGAUCGGUGACAUGUGGAAGGCUGACGACGUUGCCUACACGUACAUCAAAGUCAUUCCUGGAAUGUCAGUGGUAAACAACCGGCUGCGAGGAGAAGAAGGGACUAGCGUCACAGCUGAAUGUCAAUACAGUGAGAGACACAGAGACAGUGAGAAGAAAUGGUGUCGGAGCGGGGACCCCAGCUCCUGCUCGCUGACGGGCCCCGGGGGCAGCUACGAGGACCCGCGCGUGGCCCUCAACGACAACAAAACCGGGACUUUGACCGUAACCAUCAAGAGGCUGCAGAUGAGCGAUAUGGGCUGGUACUUGUGUUCUGCCGGAGAGCUGAGCAUGGCCGUGCAUGUGCAGGUCACACCCCGGACGUCCAACACCGCAGUUUCUGCGACGUCACAAGCUGCGGAAAGCCGGCCUGUCACCAACGCGCCUCAGCCCAAACCCACCACCAAAGACUCCUGGAGGCAUCACGCUUUGACCUUGGAGGCGAUGGCCUUGUGGGUCGCCUUCAUGCUGGCCUUGGUCUUGGCGAUAGUAGCCAGAAGGUGGCAGAGACAAGGACGUUUUGUGAAGCUGAGACAAACCGUGGGGAGGAAGGCACAGUCCAAGAAGGAGAACACUCGGGACGGCGCCGACCUGCAAGUGCUUUAGUUUUUCCUCCAGCAGCAGACUCUGCCAAGAAAUAUAAUAUAAAUAUGAUAUAUAUAUGUCCCGUGUGUUGCAUGCAAGGCUGCGCUUUAUUGUCACGUCCUGAAACUGAAUGGAAUUUGUGGUGGUCAGUUUUUAAAAUGAUGAAGUUUUAUUUGAAGACCACACAAGCGUGCGCUAUUUUAAUUGAGCUAUUAAUAAUAAAUGUAACAUGGUCGUCUUGCACCGCCUUUAGCGCCCAGCAAAACACACAAUUGUUCUUUUCUCAGUAUGUUUAUUUACACUUAAACCCAACAACACAAGAUAGCAGACAUUUCCAGGAAUCUUAAAGUAUUUCCCUUUUUGUUGUUUUUCCCGCCCCCCUCAUGUUGGAUGUGCUGGCAACUGAAGACCAUCAUUAAAGAUGGUGUGAGAAA